GCAACUCAUCUUGAAUGUGUUGUUCAGUGUUAUUGUUUACUUUUCGCAUAAUUUAGAGCAUUUGAUUAAUACAAUAUAGGCGUUUUAACAGUAUUAAAGCAAAUCCACAUCUUGCAUUAUUUAACUUGUAAAGACACCGUCAAAAACGAUUUAUUUUAACUUAUUAAAAGCAUGUCGGCGAAAUUCCCGGUUGUUACAAUCCAAUGUGAUUGGAAUGAAGUCAUAAAACUGCCUAAAUGCAAAGCUUGGAUAUCCUCAAAAUAUUUAAACCAAGAUAGUGUCCAUGAUGAACUAAGAACAAGCUUAAAUAACAGUGAUGGGAAAAUAAAGAUAGAAUUCUCAGACAAUUACCAGUAUAUAUCUCAUAGUAAUCUGAGCCUUGUGAUAAAACAUAUAUCUGGCUUGAAGACAGCCUUUGUGGCCCCGACAAAAGCUUAUAAAGUGCAUAAGAAGGGAGUCACAACUGUGUCAGCGUCUGGGACGGAGAAUGCAUUAGCUAUAUCUGCUUGUGAUGGGGACCAACUUUUAGUAUGGGACAGCAGGACAGGUGAAGUCAUGCUAGAUCUUAAAGGCCAUGGUGGUCCAGUGUACAAGAGCAAAUUCUUCAAUUCUGGUGUUGUGGUGAUAUCAGCUGGCGCUGACGGAUCAUGCCGAAUCUGGUCGGCCGAGACUGGAGUCAACCCUGUCACGCUGAUAGGCCACAAAAUGGCAGUGUGUGAUAUUGCAAUUGUUGAAGUUGGAAGAAAUGUAAUUUCUGUCAGCAAGGAUGGCACUGCAAAGCUGUGGGAUGUGGGUCAAGCAGCAUGUCUGGCGAACAUUGUUGAAGGUCAUGGUCAGAUAAAUUGUUGCACUUUAACAACAGCAACCGAGGAUGUGCCUGUUGAGAAUGAGAGAGAGGUGGGAACAAGUAACAAACUCCUAAUAAUCGGUUGCGAGAGUGGCCUAGUCGUUGGUGCUCAUGUGGCCAAACGGGAAGAAGUGUUCCGGAAGCAGAUGGAUUCUGCUUGCAAUGCUUGCAUUGUGGUAGGGCAGAACGCUAUCAUUGGCUGCAGCAGUGGAAAGAUAAUGCUCCUCAAUCUUCAAAACGGGGAACUAGCGGAGUUACACGAAUCCGCGAGCCCAGUCCUAAGCAUGGUGACUUUACCCAACCAGAUGUUCGCAGUAGGCCGCCAAGACGGGACGUGCACCGUCAUGUCACUACACGAAGCUCAUGGCGCCACUAGAGUCCAACUCACCGGGUCAGACUGUGACGGAAUAAGGGACCUAGCCUUCAACGGAAAAUGGAUUUUUGCUGCCUGCCGUGACUGUAAUGUUAGGAAGUAUGACUUCAAUCAAGUGAUCGUACAUUUUAAGUGAGGGUUAUUGCUUCAUGUGACGAUAUCUGUAAGUUAACUUUUUUAACUCUAUGACCGCCAAGGAAGUUCUUCGCACAGAAAGUGUUUUCAGCGCCACGACGUCCGUAACUCCGUACACGUUAAGAAGUUCUACCUACUAUAGUAUAGAGAUGUAAAUAAUAUGUUUUUGUAAUUUUGCUGCAUUGCUCUUGAUAAUUCUUAUAAAAUAGCUUUGAUAUAAAAUAUAAUUUUAACUAACAUAUUCACCAGUACCUCGAAAAAUAACGUUUUCUUGGAUCAUGCCUUGGCGGUCAAAGGGUCAAUGUUAGUGAUGUAGGAUUGUUAUUGACUGAAUUAGGCAUUUCUCUAUUUAAUUAGGUAGACUUGUUGAACUUCAGAGCAAAUACUAUUUACCCAUUUUACACGGAAAUCAAAGUUAUGCAAACGUUUUACCCGACACACAAUGCUUCACCGCGAAAGUAGUUAUUUCCCGCUCAAAUAUAAGUAAGCAAAUCACUUUGUAUAAUUGAUACCUAGUGCCUAGUGGUUUAUACAAUUGUGCGAAAUAAAAUAUGUCCAAGACGUA